AUGAAGGCCGCCGUUGCACUUCUUACUGCCCUCCUUGCUGGCGUUUCCGCCCAGGCUCCGGUUCCUCCUUUCCGUUACGGAACUCCCAACCCCAACGCUCCCGGUGUCAGGGGUGUCAACAGGAACGGCCCUACCAACCCUUCCACCCCUCAGCUCAACACUCCCGUCAACCAGACUUCCCUUUCUCGUCUUGCUACCCUCAACUCCGUUGAUGAUUGGUGCACUUACGGUCCCAUGGAACCAGGCACUAUCAUCGGCAACGUCGAGGGCGAAGUCGUCGCUUACUGCACCAAGCCCCGUAACAAUGCCCGUGUCAUUCCCGACGGAACUGUCACUGGUGCCCACUUUGUCAAGACUCCCCUCUACGUCCAGCUUAUGGCUCUGGGUGACUUUACCAAGAUCGGCAUUACUCCUGGCGAUGAGGGUGGUGAGCUUGACCCUCACGGUGCUACCAACAUGGGUAACCCUGUUGGUGGUAACGUCACCUCCAACGUCUCCGGUGAGGAUGUCUUCUACGAGGAGUGGAUGAACUACGUCUCCUACAACCAGGUCUGCUUCCGUAUCUGCAUCGCCGGUAGCGAGCAGGCUCCUACCGCUCUCGAGUGCGAGCACGAGCUCGAUGUCAUGGGCUGCCAGUUUGUCAUGCCCGGUAACUACGCCGACAACGUCUUUGAGACUUGCGAUGGUGAUUCCGCCUACCCGCCUGGUCUCUACCCGCAGCCCGACGGUCAGACCUCGACCUUCAAGCAGUUCUUCACCGGCCAGUACGUUGCUGGCGGUAUCACUCACGCUUACACCAACGGUGCUGCCGACCAGGUCACUCCUCCGGGCGCCUACUCCACCCCUAGCACUUCCAACUGCAGGACCACCCAAUCCAUCUCCAACGGCAUCCGAUCCCUCGUCUCUACCUCCUCCCCUGCUUCCCCUUCCUCCACCUCUGCUCCUGGCUCCAUCUCCUCCAACCAUACCAGUGCAUCCAACUCUUCUUCUGCCUCGCGCGCUUCCGACUCCAACAGCACUUCUUCCUCUGGUAGCUCCAGCGGCGCAUCCAGCAUGGCCUCGUCUGCUUUCGGCAUUGUCGCUUCCCUCGUCGCUGUCGUUGCUGGUGCUUACCUCGUCUAA